AUGGCGAGCGCUCAAACCCUUCAAUGGAUUUUUUGCGUUCCUGUUGGUUUAGCAGUAUCUAUAUGUGGAUUGAUUGGCAACUUUUUAUCAAUUUUUGUUUGGAGAAGAAUUAACAAUACUAAACUUCGUCAAAGUCAGUCAACUGGUAUCUAUUUUAUAGCUUUAGCACUUUGCGACAACGGACUAAUUAUAUUCUUUGUUUUGAAACACAGCUUAAUGACGCUGUUUCCGUCACUACAGGAUGAGUCUUACAUUUAUGCUACUUUUUAUUGCUAUUUUGGCUCUCCAUUUUAUAGCAUUUUUCUCAUAGCUAGUGCGUGGUUAACAGUAGCUGUUACUUUAAACAGAUUUCUUAUGAUUAUACUUCCUCUUAAAGCAAGAUCGCUUUGUUCGCCAAAUCGUAUUUAUUGGAGCAUCUUUGGUUUGAUAAUCUUUUCAUUGGUCAUCAACAUUCCUCAAUUUCUUAUUUUCAAAACUAUAAGAGUGGAUGAAACAAAAGUUGUGAUUGUAACAACAACGUUUGGUUCAUCAAAAAACUUUGAACUGUGGUUGCACUGCAUUUUUGCGCUUUUAACACCAUGGAUACUAAUUGCUGUUUUAAACACUAUAGUUGUUUAUUAUUUGUCCGUACAACGAAAGGAACUUGAAAGAAUAAACGACGACAUUAAAUAUGGUAAGGAUAUGUACCUUUUAUUUAAAAAGUUGUUUAAAAAAAAUGGAAAUACAAUAAUUUCUAGAAAAGACAUUUUUAUUUGGAGAGGAGAUUAG